AUGAGUGAACAAUAUCCGAGCACACACUGGGUCGGUCGUCAGACCCCCAGUUUGGAUCCCGCAGCGUCUAGCUCGCAAGAGUGGUCGCUGCGCGGAGAUAGAGAGCAUCUAGAGAGAGAAAAUGCACGCGCAAUAUACCCUCGGUAUUCGUGGGCAAGAGGUACAACCCCCUUUUCGCCCCACGGUGCUGAAUAUACCCCUGCGCCUAAUGCGGAUUUCUUCGAGUCAGACUCGAGGAUUCCGGCUCUCUCUCGCGAGGACAAGGGGGCUACGAAUGACGAUAAUAAACACUAUGCCGAACACUACACAUUUGGUUGCUCGUCGGGGACUGGAAGAUCCGGCUCCCUAAGAGGAGUCUCUUCCGAUGGACCGACACGAACCGUGACCAGACAAGGCGCGGGUGCAUACCUAUCCAAAAACUUCUCUCUUGACUCCCUCCUCGUGUCUGACAUGAUCGGCGAGGGCGGAUAUGGUCGUAUAUACCAAGGACGGCAUGUGGGUAGUGGGCGUGUCCUUGCUAUCAAGCUCAUCCCCCGUUCGAGUACGACCGAUCGAGUCAAAGACUCGAUAGUCAGAGAGCGCGACGUUGGGAAAUGCAUCUCCGACGCCAAAGUCAGAGUUGGCGCUCAGGCAGGCUGCCCAAAGAUCCUGGGUCUUUUGCACCUGCUUGGGGCCCUCGUGGCUCCAGAGUGUGUCGUCCUUGCGAUGGAAUUAUGUCUGUCCGAUAUGGCACAUAAGCCGUCCAGACGAGAACUCAUUGAGGGUUUACUCUGGGAUGGGCAUGCCCAGAUUGCGGACUUUGGCCUUGCGCUUGACAUAUCAAAUGUCAACCAAGAACCAAAGCCAUUGAAACCAGGUCAAAGAUACUAUCAUGGAGUAGGCACUCUUGGGUAUAUCCCACCAGAGGGUCAUGUCCUGGGUAUCCAGGGCCCCGAGGGUGAUGUGUGGGCCCUUGGGGUGACCUUGUACAGGCUAUUGACAGGGACGCAUCCAUUUCGCCGUGACAGCGAUGAUGCCGAAACCCUGAUCAAUGACGUUAUAUUGAUCAAGGGCCUCAUGUUGCGAGACAGAGAGGCCCGGUGGACCCUCGAACGUGCUAUGGACGCAGAGUGGUUCCACGAAGUUCCCAACUUUUGGGAGAGACUGAGGGAUGGAAGCCUGCAGCCUCCAAGAUUACCCAAUGAACUGCUUGCUGUCCCCACGUUGGGGAAGAUGCGCAGCUUGCGACGGGUAAUCGACGAGGACUCGAGGUUUCGAGGACGCUUGCGGGUCAUGAAUGGGAUCAGCGAGUGCUCCGAAGAAACGGGCAUUUAUUACGAGCAUCCUGAACUCUCUCCCAAAUGA